AUGCGACCCGGGCGAAGCCUCGUCCCAUCAACAUCCAUCGAGUCCGAGACCGGAUCCGGCAAGACGGAGGCCGCGCUCUGGCGGUUCGCCCACAUGUACGAGGCGGGACUGGUAGACGGCCUCUACUUCGCCCUGCCCACACGCUCCGCCGCAGUACAGAUACACGAGCGCGUUGAACGCUUCAUUCGCAAUCUCUUCCCGCGCGGUGUUCCCCCCGUAGUGCUCGCCGUGCCCGGCUACGAACCCGGCGUCGACGCGUCGAGCGUUGCAAUGCAGGACUACGAGCCUUGGUGGGAAGACCGGCACGACGACGACAGGCCAUGGGCGUCGAAGAGCCCCAAGCGAUACCUUGCGGCGCAGAUCGCCGUCGGGACGGUGGACCAAGCGAUGAUGUGCGCGCUCCAAGUCAAGAACGCGCACAUGCGGGCCGCGUGCCUCGCCCGGAAUCUCCUGGUUGUCGACGAAGUGCACGCAUCCGACACUUACAUGAGCGUCGUUCUGGAAGCGCUGAUCAAUGCCCACGUGCGCGCGGGCGGCUACGCCCUGCUGAUGUCAGCCACCUCGGCUCGUCGGCGCGCCAUCGCUGGCUGCAUCACGGCCAGAGACUUGACUAUGAUAUCCCGCUUGGCGAAGCCGAAGACGCUCCCUACCCCGCCGUCAGCAUAUCGGAUGGCCGGGACGACAAUCUCAUAG